AUGUCAACAUCAAAAGUAUCGCCAGAGAUAAAAAUAACAGAAAUAUCAGAUGAUGAAGCUGAGAAUGUAGACACUAUAAACAUCUUAGAAGGUACCAGUUCUCUUCACUCUGCAAUCAUCAAUGAUGACCUUGAGGAGGUCAUCUAUCUUAUCAACAAUGGAGGCGAUAUACACGAAAAAGUUAAAGGUAAUUUCUCUGUCAAUGGCGUUCAAAAAAGUAAAACGAAUGAAGUCAACUAUGCCCAGAUGGAUUACUAUGGAGAAUAUCCACUGGCAUUCGCCACGUUUUAUGCCAAUGAAGAAAUCUAUGACUUCUUGAUAAACAGUGGCGCUGAUCCAGAUCUCCAGGAUUCAUAUGGAAACACUGUCCUUCAUGUUGCAGUUGUUGCAGAUCAAAUAGAAAUGUUUAAGUAUUGUGUACGACAUCCAAAAAAACCUGCAAACACUGUUUCAACAAACAAGGCAAAUCUGACACCCCUUGCUCUAGCAUGCAAACUUGGACGUCAUACCUUGUUUAAAGUGAUGUUGGAGAUGGGUAGUUUGGAGUUCUGGAGAUACAGCAAUAUUGCAUGUUCUGCAUAUCCUCUGCUGGCUCUUGAUUCUAUUGGCCCUUGUGGUAACACAAACAUAUAUUCAGCACUCAUCCUCAUAAUAAACGGUGAGACAGAUGACCAUCUGGAAUUGCUCGAGGGUGGAGUGAUGAGACAACUCCUUGAUGAAAAAUGGGAGCGCUACGCCAAAAAAUGGUUCUUCCAGCGGCUUAUAAUGGCAUUUGUUCAUCUUAUUCUAAUAAGUGUUGCGAUAUACACACGUCCUGCAGAAGGGUUACUGCAAAUACGAAGUGUUACAGAUAUUGUUAGGUUUGUCAGUGAAAUUCUAGUAUGUAUAGGCUGUGUUCUGAUUCUAAUCAUUGAUAUUGGAGAAGUUGCUUCACAAGGAUUUUGGGCAUUUUUGAAGAACACUCGUCAUGCUCCAGCACAAACUACAUUUCUAAUAUCUUGUCUUCUCAUCAUGUUGUGUAUCCCUCUACGAUUUACUGGGUAUGAAACAGCGGAGAGUGUACUUCUGAUUAUUGCGGUGCCAGGUUCUUGGUUUUACCUGCUGUUUUUUGCCAAAGGCUACCCUCUAACUGGGCCAAUGAUUGUUAUGACGUACCAGAUGCUUGCUACCGACAUGGUUAAAUUUGGAAGCAUGUACGGAAUUUUCCUUUUGCUUUUCUCCCAAGCAUUUUACUUCCUGUUUCAGGGAUCAGAGGACAUUAGUGCUGCAAACAAUAUAUGGGAGACUUCUAUGACACUCUUCCAGAUGACCCUUGGUGAGUUUAAGUACGAUGAAUUUGAGAGAACAAGAUACCCUCCGUUGAUUAAAAUAGUUUUUGUGUUCUUUAUGAUCUUUGUACCAAUCCUUCUACUCAACAUGCUCAUCGCCAUGAUGGGAAACACCUACCAACAAGUGGUUUCUAAGUCCGCAAAGGAGUGGCGACGACAGUGGGCCAAAAUUGUAGUUGUUUUAGAAAAAGGAUUUACAAAGAAAAACCUGUUAAAAUUCCAAAUGGAAUAUUCUGUGAAAAUUUCUGGUGAACCACGUGUUGUUUUAGCAAAUCUUUCCAAAAAAGACAGUACCAUUGAACAGAGGGCACUAGUUGUCAUCAAACAACAUAAUCGAACAGUUGCUAGAAAACGAAAAGCAGCCAUUACAUUCUGGAGACGAGCAAAUAAGCUAAUCGUUGACCAAAUUAGGCAGCAAAAGAAAAGUGGUGUUUCAGGACAACUUAGUGUGAAACCAUCUAUCUCACGUAAAGUGUCCAUGCUCUCUGACGAUGAAGACAAAGGAUUCGCCAACAUGCUAGAAAGGCUUGCAUGGGAGAAAGAUAUUGACCUCACCAAGGGUAAGGCUUUCAUGGCAAACCCAGACGCUAUUGAAGGAAUCAACACCCACAGAUAA